AUGUUGCAUGCAAAACAACUCAAACAAUAUGUUGCACAAUUUGUUGCUGAACUUUUCGGAACAUUUGUUCUAAUCUUUAUUGGUGAUUUAUCAGUGGCUCAAUAUAAAUUUACUAAACCACGUAUUAAUAGCAAUUUUGGUAUCAAUCUAUCCUAUGGAACUGGUGUUUAUGUUGCUCUAAUGAUAGCUGGACCUAUUUCAGGUGCCCAUAUUAAUCCAGCUGUAAGUCUUGGUCUACUUUCAUUACGUAAAAUGAAAGUAAUUCAAUGUUUGUUCUAUAUUGCUGGUCAAAUAAUCGGUGCUUUUCUUGCUUCUGCUAUGGUUUAUCUUGUUUAUCUUAGUCAAUUUAAUAUCUAUGAUGGUGGUAUUCGACAAGUUGAAGGUCCAAAUGUAACAGCAGAUAUAUUUUAUACAUCACCAGCACCAGGCGUUCCUAAUUGGAAUUGUUUCAUUGAUGCAAGUGUUGGUACUGCUCUUUUACUCAUAUUUAUCAUGGCACUUGGUAAUGAUUAUAAUGAUUUAAUAUCAAGUCCAGCUAAACCAUUUGCAUUUGCACUUAUGAUAACUACUUUUGGAUUUUCUAUGGGUCUCAAUUGUGGAAAUCCAAUUAAUCCAGCACGUGACUUUGGUCCACGUCUAUUUACAGCUUGUGUCUAUGGUUGGAAAGUAUUUCGUGUAAAUAAUUAUUAUUUUUGGACAGCUAGUCUCGGUCCCAUUGUCGGUGCUAUUGUUGGUGCUUGGACUUACGAAGGUUAUUUAAUUUUAAUGAAAAAAUAUGCUAAUUUACCAGGUAUUAUACAUAUUGAUGCUGUUGAACAACCUGAUCAAAGAGAAAAUGAAAAAUCAUCAUAUUAUAUGGAGACACAACUAUCUUCUGAAAGUAAUUGA